AUGACCUCCGAAUCGCAGGAUCUGGAUUCAGAAUGGGAUUUUGCCCAGGCACUCGAUUUGCUGAUGGCAGGCAGUGAUAAACAAGAAAUAUCUCAUCCGUCCGGAACCCCAGUUUCUGUACCAUCUCAUGAACGACCAUUUGGCUAUCGCUUUGCCAGCUCGGCGGCCUCGGCCUCCACUGGGCCUCGUGGUCCUCGCCACUGGCCUCACGACUCUGACCACGAGCCUCACAGCUCUCACCACAGGUCUCACGAUUCUGACCACGACAAGGACAGUCCUGGAAAUAUCAAUAAUGAAUCUCUUUUCAAACUACUCUAUUCUGAUCUGAGUGAAUGGGCUGUAAGAGGAUCAUCUGCGGUAUCCACUGGUAGUUCAAAGAUACCCAGGUCCCAGCAGCCCUCGAACGACAGCUUGUUCGUACAAACCUCCCCGUCAGACUCACUUUCAACUCGUCUCCAAUCUCGCCCAAUCACAAUUCCAUCGAACUCUCAUGCCAUCAAUCUUCCUGCUUUCGGAAUACCCGCCGGACGUGUUGCUACCAACCGAAACGGCCCCUCAGAGCCCGCUCUGCAGGAAACAAUGCUAAAACACCGUUCCUUGCCAUCCCCUUACGCGGGGGGGAGCUCAGCAGAACAGAGGCCACCUGUUUCUCCCCUCGAACCCCAUACCUCGCGCACGCCUAUGACCAUUCUUAGACGUGAACCCAUCAAUAUGAAUCCCAGCGAUUCUAAUCGCCCAGCCACGACGAGCAAUAGCAGAUACAUUGAACAUGCUCACAGGAACGAUAUUUCCGACAGCACUGUUAGCACAAGUUCAGAUGCAAUCCCUACCAUAUUCGACCGCCCUAUUCCCCGGAACUCUGGGCUCCUGACCUUGGUCCCGUCCCAGGUGGGAAUUGCCUCCACACAGAAUGGGAUUCAAUCAACAUCACCCUCUUCAUACGAGGAUACCUUCGGUGCAUCUACGCACCCACGCAGGGCUCGAAAUGGUGCCUCCAACAACCGUACGUUGCUCAUUUCUCCGAACGACAUGACUGUGUUGGAGCGGAGUAAGUCGAUUAUGACCAAGUUACUGGAUAAUCUUGACGACUAUGCCCAGCUUUUACUCCAAAUGGGAAAUUCACAAAGCUCCAUCGAGACUGUGGAGUCACGUCCUGUGCAUGUCUUUGUGGAUAUGUCUAAUAUUCUAGUGGGAUUCCACAACGCAGUCAAGUUUGUGCGAAAUAUUCCCUCUGGUAGUCGAAUGCGUCGCCUCGACAUCUCAUUCAGCAACUUGGCUUUGAUUCUGCAGCGUGGUCGUCGUGUUGCCAAGAAAGUCUUGCUUGGCUCUGACCAGGUGCCUUCCGUUGACGAAGCCCGAAAGCUGGGUUAUGAAGUGAAUAUUCUGUCUCGCGUACAGAAGACGAAAAAUUCAUCUUCUAAAUCAGGAAAGGCGCCCAUCAAAGGCGCUCAUUCUGGUAGGCCUGGAAUGGCCGGUACCACAGAGCGCUGGGUCGAGCAAGGUGUGGACGAAAUUCUGCACCUGAAGAUGCUUGAAAGCCUGGUUGACGAGAAGAGUCCCUCAACGGUCGUGUUGGCAACUGGAGAUGCAGCUGAGGCUGAGUAUUCUGAAGGUUUCAUGCGUAUGGUGGAGCGGGCACUGCAGCUCGGCUGGAACGUCGAGCUGGUCAGUUUCUCGCAGGUGACAAGCUAUGCGUACAAGAAACUAGAGUUUCGAGAGAAAUGGGGUUCUCAAUUCCGCAUUAUCGAUUUGGAUCUGUUUGUAGAAGAGCUUUUUGUGUGA